ACUUCGGUAUCUGCUUAACAAUACAGGAAUGUUUAUGGCUCAAUCCAUCUCGAGAUGGAUUCGAAAUCCGAUGGUGGGUGUGGGUACUUGUUCAGGUUUCAUUGUGUCUCUAACAACCAAGCCGAAGAUUCCUGGGUUUCAGAUACAGGUUCAGACACAAAUCAAGGCCUUCUCUUUGAGCGGUGGUAGUAGCAAUGGCGGUCGAGAUUUUCUGCUGUUGUCAGACGAGGAGCUGAUGAACCAGUGCGAAAUGGAUACGUACAAAGCUUCUGGUCCUGGUGGCCAGCACCGUAACAAGCGAGAAAGCGCAGUCCGCCUCAAGCACCUUCCCACCGGAGUAAUAGCCCAGGCUGUUGAGGACCGCUCACAACAUAGGAACCGAGCAUCAGCCUUAGCUCGUUUGCGUACUCUAUUAGCUCUUAAAGUUAGGAAUGCAGUUGACUUGAAUGGGUACAAACCUCCUCUUGAGCUUCUUCAGAUUCUUCCUGCAAAGUCGACAAUGAGAGGAUCAGAAUGUGGUUCACAAAUUGGACCAAAUAAUCCAAAAUUUGCAUUGGGAAUGCGAGCUUUAUUGGACCUAAUGUUUGCAGUUAAUGGCUCUGUAUCAGAUGCAGCAAAGUUUUUGGGGUUAAGCACAGGUGCUUUAUCACGUUUGAUAUUAUCAGAUGAUUCUCUUAGAAUGGCUGUAAAUGAACUGCGGACAUCCAAGGGUAUGAGGCCUCUUGUUUAAGAUUCAUGAGAAGAGGAAUGGCAUCUGUGUCAGGUUCAAGUAUUGUGUUUUUAGUUUAGCUUGCACCUUGUAUUAGCAUACUCAACUCUGGAUCGAUAAUAAUUUUUUUGUCAAUUUUUAUUGUAAAGCCCUCUUUCUGUUUGACAUAAAUUUUGGUACGAGUAAUUCAUCUCAUUGAAAGAUAGUUGGUUAUGGGA